CUUGCUUCGAGCGAUGGAAGCAGGAACCGGCUUGUUGGAAUUCGAGUGAAAGAAGCAGCACGGACCUUUUGGAAAGAAAUGUAGCGUGGAACUGUACAGCGCAAGUGGAUCAUACCAAGAGCGCAAUUCGAAUUCCGUUUUCCGAAUGCGCGCCCGCACUUUUAUAUGUUGUAGUUCUAGUUUUAUUUCUCCCUUUUUCUCUACAUUCACACUGGUGACUUGGAGUGAGUUACGAAUUGAUCAUUCACUUAACAGGAAAAAAAAUGUCGUAGUUUCAAGCAUACUCCUAUCCAGGAAAAAACACCCAUCUCCAUCCAAUUUGUCAUGCAAAACAUACAUAAUUUCCAGCGUUUGCCAUGCAAAACAUGGAUGGGGAUGGGUGUUUUUUCCUGGAUAAUUUCGGUCGGCACGCGACCCGUAGGCGAAGUGUCGACCGUAGGUGGGUAACUGCGGCCAGCAUGGUGCGCUUGCUGAAGAGCAGGGCCGCGCGUUGUACCAUGCGGAGGUCCUGCUCCCGCUUUCUUCCGAUCUGUCUCGCACUUUUUGCGGCUCUUUUCGCACCGGACCACUUCUGUAUCAUCGCGGUCAAAAUGAGAACAAUUAGCGGCACCAAAACAGAGGAUACCGCCCAGAACGCCAUGCCUCGGACCGAGAUGGCGGAAAAGCUGAAUCUCUUCGAGCAGCAAACGAAGCGAAUCGGUCAAGCCAUCACGCAGAUGCAGAGCCGGGUUUCCACACUGCAACACUCCGCCGACCAGACAAUUUCGAAUAUCCGCUCCAUUGAAACGGAUAUCCAGAAGCGGAACGCCACGGCCCUGGCUGUGGCCACCAUUCUGCAAAACUCCACAACCAAGAACUUUACGCUGAGUAAGCUGUUACUCCAGCAAAAAACGAACGUGACCGCGGUGAGUGAGACCCGCGAGCAAAACAUCCAACCGAUUAGCGUGAAGAAGACGCAGUUCCAGGACUUUCAACUCCAAGUGGGCGAUGCGCAGGCGAGCGUCGACCGGAUCCGGCCCGUGAUGGAGAAAACAAGAAAGAUGGUUUCGGACUUGGAAUUCGCAACGAGGAACUGGACGCAGCUUGUGUUGCAGAGCGUGCACCGGAAUUUGGACGCGCAUUUGAUGGACGAGAGCGACAUCCAUCGGCGGAAUUUGAAGACCAGCACGGGGAUUCACGUGUUCGGGCGGGCAGGAAGUGAAGGGAGUGCUGGAAGUGGUGGUGGGAGCGGUUCAACGCGUUGAGGCUUCUUGUCCGGACUUUUCUAUCCCAUGAGGACAAGAAGAUUUGUUUGUAGGAGAGUAGUAGUUGUGAUCUACUUCAUCAUCCACUACACCAACAAGAUGUUGGACCUUGUACUUCGUGGAACGAACGCUCCAGUACAGACAAUGAUUUUCUUUUCCAUGUAGUAAUGCGGACGUCAGUGGUUAAGAAUUAUCUGCAAC